AUGUCCAUGAACGCGCUGUGGAGAGAGUGGGGACGCCUUGAGCUCACUUCGCUACCCGCCGGCUACCGCGUGGCCGGCCUCGCUUCGGGGAGGGGGUGGGCGCACCUCGCCGAGUUUGCGAGCCGGUGGGUAGGCAUAUGUGUGUCGUUCCGCUCAGCCAACGGCCGGCCGUUGCUGCGCAAUGCAGACGCCUUCACCCAGUUCAGCCCUGCUGACAACGCUGUGUAA